AUGGUGAAUCAACAAAGAAAUAAUACUGAACCUCAACAGAAAGGAGAUCAGAAAGUGCAACUACCAACAAGACUAGUGGAAAACGUGGAAAACAAGGGUUUCAAGCUUCAGAACCUACAAAAGAAGAAUACAUUCAGGCCAGAUCUCGAAGAGGCCAGGCGAGUAAACCGGAAAAGAUCAGCGAGAGGAGGAAGUUUCUUCAGGACCUCGUACCUGGAUGCAGCAAGCAUUGAAUAUGAUGUUUGCAGGUCACUGGUAAGUGGUAAGGCAAUGAUGUUGGUUCAAAUCAUUAGCUAUAUACAAUCACCGCAACGUCAGGUUGAGCUUUUAUUGAUGAAGCUUGAAACAGUAAAGCCACGUCUAGAUUUUAACCUUGAAGGGCUCCUUGCAAAAGAUACAAGUUUCUAUGCUAUAAUCCGCGCGUGUCAGCAACCAACUAGUGGAUCAAGAUUUCCCUCUCUAGUUUCCCUUUACACUACGUUUCUUUACAGAGGCUUCAGUCCCGGACCGGUUCUUCAUCUUUUCUACUAUUUUCUCCAGAAAUGCCUGUGGAUUAUCCUCAACUACAAUGCACGCAGCAACGGCAGCUUAUUCAGGCAGGCCUUCCCAAAUGGGGUGCUCUUCUGUUCAGACAUACCUCGGCAAACAAUUAGUUCUCACUUGACACCUUUGCCCGGAGGAAUAAAGGAAUCUACUCAGCUACCAAAUGUGUGGGCAGAUGAGGUUAACAAUGUCGCCUAAAUGAGGGUCUCUACCGGCCUAGCCAUGUGAAAGUUGACCCUUGAUUUGAUUAUCCUCUUUGUUGUAAAUUUUGUGCUAAAGAGCUCUAUGGUGGCCCAUAUAUUACACACAACCAAACUUCAUGAAAUGAUGCAUUCUCAUGUUAACAAGAACUCAAGGAGAUUAACAUUAGAAUGUUUACUAACACAAAUUAAGCUCUACCUGAGAAGAUGCCAACAUCUCUUUUAUGAGGCGUUAUGUAUUGUUGUAUAUACAAGAAAGGGUCAUCUUUGUUUUAAGGGAAUGCUUGAGAGUUGAGAAUGAAAGAAUGUAUAGAUUGAAUUAUGAAGAUAUGAAAUGAAAAUGUUAUGAUAAUGGCAGGGUGUAGUUAACAACAAAAUUGCGAU